UUAUGGAGUUUAGACAGCCACGGGGGAUUCAGGAUAGAAAAGGUCAUUAAAUAUAUGGCAAGGGUCACUGUUUGUAUGUCGCUACCGCUACCACUUCAAGUUUCAACGUUUUGAACGAAAUCUGAUCUGGGCUUUCAUGAGAGAUACCGCUGGGAGGUUUUUCAAACCGCCCCUUACUUGUAAUUCUGUAAGUUGCGUUUGAUUUGUUUAGCAGUUCUCUUCCAAUAUUUGUCAAUUUCAUUAAAAUAUAUCGUGUAGAAUUAUACACAUAUCGCGACCUCUACAAGGAGUAAAAGGCAAUGCAAUCUUUGUUUAUAUUUUCGAUGGAAUGAGAUUUUCACAAUGUCCUAGCGGAAACAACAGGCGGCUAGAUCAUCGUCCAUUCUUGUAGGAAAACAACGGCAGUUUAACCAUUAAACAUAAAGGAGGAAUCAUGCCAGCACACGGGGGAUCUUCAGGCCAAACCAAGGAUACUUUGGAUCCUUUUACAAGGAAAACAUCAGUUAAAAAGAUAAUGAAAGGACAGAAGAAGCAACAGGGUUCAUCACGCUUCAGGACAAAAGGCACACAAGAACUCGUACCACUCUCACUGCUUAAAGAUGCAAGUCCACAAGAGCAGCAGGAACUGUUUAUCAAAAAACUCAUACAAUGUUCGACAGUCUUUGAUUUUAUGGAUCCUAUGAGUGACCUGAGAGGAAAGGAAGUAAAGAGAGCCACGUUGAAUGAGCUCGUCGACUACAUAACAUCAGAAAGAGGCGUUCUAACAGAGGCUGCCUAUCCAGAGGUUGUAAGAAUGGUACAUAACAAUAUUUUCCGUACUUUACCCCCGUCUGACAAUCCAGACUUUGACCCAGAAGAAGAUGAGCCGGCAUUAGAAGCAUCAUGGCCACAUCUUCAAUUGGUUUAUGAGUUUUUCCUGCGAGUUCUGGAAUCACCUGAAUUUCAGCCGACCAUUGCUAAAAAGUACAUCGAUCAAAAAUUUGUUCUCCAGUUAUUGGAGCUUUUCGACAGCGAAGAUCCGCGAGAACGAGAAUUUCUCAAAACUGUCCUUCAUAGAAUCUAUGGAAAGUUUCUUGGCCUAAGGGCUUACAUCAGGAAGCAAAUCAACCAUAUUUUUCUCAAGUUCAUUUAUGAAACAGAACACUUCAAUGGAGUUGGAGAGUUACUCGAGAUUCUUGGAAGCAUUAUUAAUGGUUUUGCUCUCCCACUGAAAGCGGAACACAAGCAGUUUUUACUCAAAGUUCUGAUUCCACUGCAUAAAGUGAAGUGUUUGUCUCUUUACCACGCUCAGCUCGCCUACUGUGUAGUGCAAUUUUUGGAGAAAGAUGCGAGCCUUACAGAGCAGGUUGUUCUCGGCUUGCUAAAAUUUUGGCCAAAAACAAGUAGUCAGAAGGAGGUAAUGUUUCUCGGUGAAAUAGAAGAAAUUUUGGAUGCUAUAGAGCCUCCGCAGUUCCAGAAAGUAAUGGAGUCACUUUUCAGGCAGAUUGCCCGCUGUGUUUCUAGCCCCCAUUUUCAGGUUGCCGAAAGAGCAUUGUACUUUUGGAAUAAUGAAUAUGUCGUCAGUUUAAUUGAAGAAAAUUCAAACACUAUUCUCCCAAUCAUGUUUUCUUGUUUGUAUCGAAUUUCGAAAGAUCAUUGGAACCAAACCAUAGUUGCCCUUGUAUAUAACGUGUUAAAGUCGUUUAUGGAAAUGAAUAGUAAAUUGUUCGAUGAGCUCACGUCUUCAUACAAAGCGGACAGGCAAAAGGAGAAGAAGAAAGAACGUGAACGCGAAGAUCUCUGGAAGAAGUUGGAUAAGCUUGAAUUAUCAAAGAAACAAGCAGGCUCGAAUACAUCUAGUCCCUCGACUGGCAGUAAGGUGGCUGGUGCCAACUCAACGAUCGAACCUACAUCCUCAAAAGGGUAGUGACUGGGUCCACGUUAGGCCUCACAAUUUGUUUUUAUAGGGUAUCCUAUUCAUAUCUCAACUAAGACAUCCGUUGGGAAGCGUAAUGGCUGACCUACCAAAUAAAUUAUAACUGUUUUACGUAUGGAGUAUCUUAUUUUUAACAGCAGGAAACGUCCAGCUUUGAUCGAAAUAGUUCUUUUUGAGGCUUGCAUUGAGUCAUUGCAGCCUCACGAUGCAGUUACAUAGAUAGCAUGGCAAUUAAACAAUUGACUGUAAUUCGGUAAAUGCAUCAAAUUAACUGCAAUAGAAUAGAAUUUCAGUGAAAUAAUCAAAAAUGGAUUCCACAAGUAGGCCAAUGCUCUUGAGUUUGGCCGCUUUCUUCGCCCGUCACCCUAGCACAUGCUCAUUGGUAUAUGCCAUAACUCGUAACUGAUCAAGCUUUGGCAAGGGUUGUCAUAGCAACAGCUAUUUGUAAAUAGGUGCUUAUGACAUUAAUUGAAGACCUCGAGUAAUAAUUUUUUCUUGUUUGCAGCCUUUUGCCAUUUUUCUGGAUGUUUAUUCGUUAGAACCAAUGAAGAUUGUUAUCGAAAGGCAACCUUUGAAAAAAUUUGAAACGUUUUUCUGGACGCAAUAGUUUUUCUGUCGAUAUCACGGAUAACAGCUUUUUGAAUUUUCAGCCUUGACUUCUGAUACUCUGUCAUCGGUAUUUUAAGCAUGAAUUUAACGCUUGUAUAAGAAAUCUCAAGUAUUAAGAAAUACCAUUUGUGAAUAUGUCUGAGGUUCCGGUCAUAAAAUGCACUUUUGUGAA